GAAAGACUUGUUGCCCAGCUGGAGGAAAAGGCCUCAAUCUUCAAAAGUGGCGUGAAGAGAGAGAUCAGUUAGUAGAAGCUUUGGAAGUACAGCUCAAAACUUUGGCUGCUAAUGCCAUACAAAGAGAGAGAGAAAUAGCAGAACUGAAACAAUUUGCCUUAAAGGAUUCGAGCAAGGAUAAUGAAACUGUGAUAGAAGAGUUAAGAAAAGAACUGGCUGACAAAGAUGACCUUAUAAAGGAAUUAAAACAACGCAUUAACCACAAUAGCCCCCAGUCUUUGCCAGAAGUACCUUUACUUGAAGAAAGACAAGGUAGAAUGGAUCAUUCUGUAAAUGAAAAGUCUAUGAAAAAAGAAAGCAAAACUAAAAAUGGAGAUGAAGAAAGUAUUCCAGUAAGAUGUGAAGCUAAAGAUUCAUCACCUCGACAUCCUAGCAGUGUCACUUCAUUAAGUGAAUCUGAGGAGCAUUUGGAAACUGACCUCGACUCUUCUGAAGCGUCCACAGAAAAUGGAAAAACUAGUCGGUUCCCAAAACCAGAGGUGGAAAUCCAACUGACACCUCUGCGACCUGAUAAGAUAGAGAUAAAGCAGCACGGCAGCAUGUUACCUGCAAGGGUGAAAAUGCCUAAGACAAGAAAGAAGAGAAAAAGUGGUGACAUGGAUGAGGUAUGACCUACAGCAAACAGAAAACAAAAUA